GUGCGUGCGCUCGCCUUUACGGAUGCGAAAUCCGUCCGUGCGACUAAUUAAUCGGUUUUUUGACAAUUAACGAGGAUCAUUAUCAUUACCGAUCCCCCGAAAAAUCAGCAAAGCCAUAUGCGAACUCUUGGCGGGUGGUGAACAUUCGUGAAAGCCAUUCUCUGUGUGUGUGAUAUAUUAUUGAUUUCUCAUCGGCAACUGAAUCAUCCGUCUAUAUACGAGAUAGCACCCAAAACUAUUCAAGCUGCGUGGGACAUUUCACCAUCUCUUCAUCGCGAUGACGAAGGACCAGCAGGCGACGCCCAUUCCCGAGGAGCUGUACAAUCUCACCCAGCUGGCGGAGGUCACAUUGGCGGCGGGUCCCCUGAUCACCGAGGACGAGGCGAAGCCAAUGCCUGUUGUAUAUGCCACCUCGGACGACGACACCAACUACUACAGUCACAAGGUGUUCGAUCGCAGAAAGCGACGCUGCACCAUCUCCGACUCGAAUUCCUGCACCAGCAGCAGUUCCAGCUUCACAUCCAGCCUGCUAUCCAGGGAGCACCAUCAUCCGGAGCAGGACGAGUUACUCAACUCCGCCUCGCUGCUGGAGGACGAGCACAUCUGUCCCGAGUGCGGCAAGAAGUAUUCCACAUCCUCCAAUCUGGCUCGCCAUAGACAAACCCACAGGUCAAUCAUGGACAAGAAGGCGCGCCAUUGUCCCUACUGCGAGAAGGUGUACGUUUCGAUGCCGGCCUAUUCGAUGCAUGUGCGCACCCACAACCAGGGAUGCGAGUGCCAGUUCUGCGGCAAGUGCUUCUCGAGACCCUGGCUCCUCCAGGGCCACAUACGCACCCACACCGGCGAGAAGCCCUUCAAGUGCAGCGUCUGCGAGAAGGCCUUCGCCGACAAGAGCAACCUACGCGCCCACAUCCAGACGCACUCGAACACCAAGCCACACACUUGUGCCCGAUGCGGCAAAGCUUUUGCCUUAAAGUCCUACCUGUACAAGCACGAGGAGUCCUCCUGCAUGAAGAAUCGUGGAGGGGUCUCGGGAUCGGGAGCGAUGUCGUCUACGGGUUCGGGUUCCACCGCCAGCAACAGACCUCCCACAUCGCCCAAGCGACAGCAAACAGAGGUGGGCUUGUCUCCCGGAUCUCCUACCCCAGUGUGUACCGCGCCCGAUUCGGCCAAAUCCACACUGGCCAACAAGCUGCUGCAGAAGGAGAAGGAGCGCCGACAGGCGGCCUUGGCCAUCCAGGGCUGUCCAGGUGGCCCAGAGAUGAUCGCCUACAAUCACUCUGCUUCCGCUUUGGAGGAAUACGAAAAGUUCAAGCGGAUCAAUGUGAUCCAGCCCACGGUGCUGCCACAUAGGAUACCCAGUCUCUACCAGGAGCUGCAUCCCAAUCCCCACCUGCCAAUGGCCUUGCCCUUGGCCCUGCCCUACUCCCACUUUCCGGGCCAGACCACGCCCACUCAGGGAACACUCAGCAAUGCCAGCACGCAGGAACAGCCCGUGGACUUUUCGCCCAAGAACAACUUCACACACUCGGCCAAGACGAGUCCUUUCGAGCUGACCGGGAACUAUGCCAUGGUGGCAUAGGACAAGGAUACCCCGAAAUGGGACCCGGACAUCAAGCAAAAGACAGCGGAGAGAACAAGAGCACUACCCAAAGCAAUUCGAGUACCCACUUACACCACAUCCAACUAAAGCACCCACUUUCUUACAGUAGUCAACGAAUAUGUGAUAAAAAUGCAAAAGAGCUUAAGUACCAUUAGAGAGUAGACGAUUCCAGACGUAAAGCUUAUCGAAGGGAAGUAACUCCAAGGAGGAUGACGAGGUUAUACACCGUAGAUAUUUAGAGAGACAAGGUUGGAUCGAUCGAUCGAUCGCCGAUCGGUCCCCAUUUGAUCUUCACUUAGUUGUAAUAAGAGACUUCUUAGAGACUUGCCAAGAACAGCGACAAAAAACCAAAUGUAACCAGUAUUUUUUUAUAGCACAUACGGACGAGAGUUAUAGCAUCCCAAAUCCAAAUCGAUCGAAGAACACCGCAGCAAAGCUACAAACUUUACAAACACAUACUCACCUAGCAUUAUGAUUUUACAAUCAACUAGGAAAGAUAUCCAAAGAUAUUUCACACACUUACUAACCCCAUUAAUCACUUCGCAUUAAGGCAUUGAUCGGCUUCCUGCUUCCGGCACGGAAGUCGGUCCAAAACGAGAGAAUUUCUAGUCUUUAUCUUUAAAUUCAGCGCGCACAUCUGACGAAUGGAGGUGAUAUGGGGGUUCCCCGAUCCCCCAAUCUCCUCCAUGCUGUGUGCGUGGCGUUAUUUUAAGCACUUUACGGCCGCAUGUGGUGCAAUAAUUGACAUAACCGUAACACUAAUUAGCCUCUACCACAUCUGUGUAUUUUAUUACAACGUUUCGGAGAGAUCGCUUAUUAUUUUGAAGUCAUCUAACCAUUUAGUUUUCGAGAGACACCCACUGCAUUUCGCAUACUCAGCCCAACUCGACUCGAUUCGAUUAACUCCGAUUCGACCUACAGCUAAUCGCACCAAAGAUAUAUCUAUUUAGAUGCAUAUUACCUUUAUAUACUCUUACUUACCAUAUACACCAAAAGUUAUACUUAUAUAUAUAUACACGUAUACGUAGCUCUAAACUGUAUUAUAGAUUUGCACAUUAAUUCGAAUUAAAAGAGAGAUCCACUGAUCCCCGCAAAAAUAAAAA